GGCAUACCUACAGAAAUGCAAAACAAGCUGAGAAGGGUGAAUUUUUUAACAAUGUUUAUCUAUAAGAGGAAACAAUAAAGAGGAAAUGGUCAAUUAAGUACAUAAAGUUGAGGGCCAUAGAGUAAGAGUACAUCAAAUCAGGGCCGGCUCUAGCAUUGUGGAGGCCCCAGACGAAAAAAUGUUUAAUGUUAACAUACCAUAUUAAUCUGAUUUAUAUGACACAAUAUUUGAGGAAGCAAAAUUUGUCUCUACAAUCGAUCUAUAGAGUUAGCAAACUCUUUAAUAACUAAAUCUCUUCUAAACUUAUACUUUCUUUUUGUACAUAUGAAGUCAAAUUUUCAUUUACCCGCCAUGACAAUUCCUACAUAUUUAGCAUAUUUAUAGAUAAUAAUUAAUUAAAAAAUCAUCAACACAAAAUCAGAAAUAUGGAGUAUCAAUUACUCGUAUAAAAUAUGAGUGGACAAAUAACUAAAUGCCCAAUAUUAUUUCAAUUUACAACUAUAAAAUAUUAGUGUGAAACAUAAAUGACUCAUGGUGAGUAGCAAUGUUUUUUACUCCGUAUUAAGCUAUUAAAUUAAACAAAAAGGAUCAUAUAAUGACAAAAUUUAAAAUGUGGAAUUGUGGACACCAAGCCAACACCAGAGACCGGCCCAUCAAUUUCAAACAAGGUCUAAAGAUAACUACUUCGUAUAAGUCUAGAACGCUAGAAAUACUCACCUUGGUUCUGGAAUUUUAGAAGUCCGGAAGAACCGAAACGAUAAUCAAUAAAAAAUCGGGAAUAGAAAAUACUCAAACAAUCAAUCACAAAUCGAAACGGCGGAACCGGACUUGAGAACGAGCUGAUGAGCUGUUGUUGUUGACUGCCGUGUGAAGGAUCGAGUCAUUUGUGAUGAUUGAGAUAGCAGAGUGCGGUGGUGCGUAAUAAUAUCAAUGAAAGUUUCUAUCGGCGGUGGAGGCUUCCAGCUUGGAGAAAUGUUCUCUGUACAAACUCCAAAUCCAAUUUGAAUUACAGAGUAUUACUAAUAGCUUAGUUUUGUUUUGAGGCCCAACAAAUUGUGAGGCCCUAGGCAACUGCCUAGGCCAACUGGCCUCAUGGCCGGCUCUGCAUCAAAUUGAAACUCAACCUUAAAGGUGCUUGUACUCGCUUGUUUGGUGUUAAAGCAAUACAUUGGUUACAUUACACCGUUAAUAUUGGUGACUAGGCAAAUGGAGUAAUGAAAUGCACAAAAAAAGCCAUAUCAUCUGCACGCUCCUGGAGGCUGGCUCUGCCACUCGUUAAAACUAAUUAAUGACCCAGCAAACCCAAGAUUUAACCUUCCAUUCUUUCAACUUAAGCAAAAAAAACAACAUACGGAGUACUAUACUGGAGAGCAUAUCGGGAUUAUAUUCUUAGUAGUAAGAGCAAGCUUCUUACGCCUAACAAUAGAGUUAAGUAGCAAAUCAACGAUGAUUUCCCAGUCCCACACUAGACCUCCCAACCAGCGCAAAUUCCGGCAACCCAUAGGCGGGAUAGUCCUAGGUAUUCACAAACUCCGUCUGCAUGAGCACUAUGUUGGAGCCCUUGAGGAUCCAGGAACCAAACAACGCUUUUUCUACCAUAACAUCCAUUUCCAGUGGAAAAAAGAGCUUUCCCGGUGAGACUUCGACCGGGCUAUUCUUAUUCGAACCGACGAUGUUUGGGGCUUGGAGAAGAACAUCGAAGAAUUUGGCGAUCGGGCCGGAUACGGAUUUGGGUGAGCGCGUUGGUGGGAUGAGAAGUUUAGGUUUGGAAGCGAGUACGGAUAAUUGGAGAUGGAGCUUCGGCAGAUGAUUGAUAAACACAUUGGGCCGGGUAGGAUAUCAAAUGGAUGUUUGGGGCUUGCGAGGUAAAAGGUUGUUCCAGGUUGCAAAGAAAACGCUGGGGCUUGCUGAGUCAGCCUCCACCGUCAACCAAGAAAACGGCCACGUUAGCAUUUUGCAGUUGACCUUUCAAUUUUGCUGUUGUGCAUGUUUACUCUUUGAAUUGGCUCCUUCAAUUGUGCGAGGGGACGUUGAUCACUUGCAGUUGCGUGUCCUAGAAAGUCGUUUGAAAAGAAAGAGUCGUCAGAAUGAUCAAAACUAUCUGAGGCAUCAGAGUACACCUGGAGAAGUGGGGUUUGUGUUUGUUUCUCUAAUGAGGGGACUUGUUUCGUUUUGCCAAAAGCUCUAUGAAUUUAAUAGUUAAAAAUGAGUUUGGAAAUGGUAAUUUCCUCAUAGUAGCCAGAAUUUUCAUGCUCCCAAUGCAUGACUUCCUUCUGCACAAAAUCAGUUAAUCCCAUAAAAUUUGAGAAAUUUGAAAGAGUAGCCAAAAAACCAAGCACACUUGAUUUGUGUGGACCCAUGGUAAUGUUUAUGUAGCUUCCCCCAUCUUUAUCAAUUUUUAGAUAAUAG